ACAGGGGAACAUGCUCUCCCACUAGAGGUUCUGAGAAAUCCCAGCUAGGUUAGGAACUACUGAAGCCAAGUUACCAACACCCCCAAAGAAAUGGGGAGCACAUUCUUGUGGUGAAAGCACAGGGCUGGACAUCAAACAUGUAACUAAAGCUCAUAGAUGGGGAGGGUUGUUCCCUAGCAACCAUCCCUGAUGCUUACUCUUAGUUCCACCUCUUUGCCUGCACUUCUGGACUUCAGCAGGACCUGCCUGGUUAGAAGAAUCACUUUGUCAUCUCAACUGAGACCAUGGAACAGGAGGUGCCUAUGACCUCGGCCUCCCUUACACCUCUUGCAGCGAAACAUGAGCCUGUGCUAGCCCAAGACCCAUCAGUGGAACCUGGAGAUGUCAACAAGGAGCACGUCCUGGCUGGGGCACGGGCCAGCGGCAAGAGAACCUCUUUGAAAAGUUCCAGUAGAACCGCCUGGAAGAUCUCCAAGAACCCAACAGAUAGCGGAACACCCAUGAGUUCUCCUCAAGUCAAAUCCCAGGCAUCCCCCUCUGCGCAGCAUCUACACACCAGAGGCUAUAGUAAACAGAGUCUCCGGUCCAAAACUCCUUCUGCAUGGUGUCAUCUCACCAGAGAAGGAGAAGAAGCCCGGGAUGUCUCAGGUGUGAAAGAACCAGCAGUGGGGCAACAUCAAAGAGGAAGGACAGGAAGUCUCCUACAUCUUGCAAAGUCUACCCAGAAGGAGGCAGACAGUGUCCAAGCCUACUCAAAUGGCAAAGAACCAGCAGCAGGGCAACAUCGACCGCUGGGGCCCAGAGUGCCUGGAUCUCCCCGAAAGACGACCAAGACCAGCCACAAGGAAGUGAGGGAAUUCCGGAAUGGCUUAAGUGCAAAGGAAUCCUUAGCAUCAAUAGGGCAAGAUGUGAAAGCAGAGGGGAAGCUCUUUCAGGAGAAGAAAAACAGCAUAAUCCCAAUUAACAUCAAACACAAGUUUGGGAGCAGUAUUGUGGAUGAACUCGUCACCGAGGAGCAGGCGCGCCGUGCUCUGUGUGAGGCUGGACUGAUCGAGGGGCAGAAACGACUCAGCAACCGGUCCUCUAAGACACCAGAGAAUCCCAUGGCCACCACACCCUUUGCUGAUUAUUAUGAACUGGGUUACAACCUGAGGUCAAACAUCUUCCAAGGUGGCCCAAUAGAGAGUAAGAGCCUGAUGAAGGAUUCCUAUACCCCAGAUGUGAUUCAAAGGGCAGUCAGAGACCCCAAGCACUGGCAUGGAAGGAAAACCGAUGACCUAGGGCGAUGGCACCAGAAAAAUGCCCUAAACCUUAACCUGCAAAAAGCUUUGGAGCAGAAAUAUGGGGAGAAGACCAAAGGCAAAUCCUAGAAGGCAAAAGAUAGAGAAGCGAAGCGCUCUCCGAAAGGGACCCUGCUCUCCCUAGCACUAGAAUAAACCUCCGUGCAGCCUC